AUGGCAUAUCAGGACCACAGUGGUGGUUAUCCGCCGCCGCGCGAGCAACCCGAAUCUCAAUAUCCCCCUCCACCAGGCGAAGAAGAUGAUCGUGCCAGAGCAUAUCAUCAGCGCAUGCCUUCCACGACUGGCAGCAUAACUCUACCAGCAAUAUCGCCAUACGACCCUCAAUACGCCCAGCCUCCAAAUGGUUACGCACCAGAUCCGCGCGCAUACCCACAAGACCCUUACCGUCCUCAACCCGGUCCUUAUAGGGACGAUAGGGUCUAUCAGCAGGAUUAUGGAAGACCGGGAGCUCAGCAACAAAUGGCGUUCAGUCAAUCAGCACCUAGACAGAGAACAGCAAUCGCAUGCAGAUAUUGCAGAAGGCGUAAGAUUCGUUGCUCUGGCUUUGAUCAGAAUCCCGAAGGACGCUGCUCUAAUUGCCAGCGUUUCCAGCAGGAGUGCAUCUUCACUCCAGUCUCCUCCCAGGCUCAAGCUUUUGUCCCAGCUCACGCUGUUUACCCAAACAUGCGAAAUAUGGGAUUCGGUCCAGACGGUCGCCCUCGUCCAAAUGUCUACCCUCAAGGAACACAACUCUUUGGUGCUCAUGGCCAGCCGCUUGGUCCUCUUCCUCCCCAGGCAGCUUCUCCUUACAGCGACUAUGCCCAGCCUUCUCCAACUGGCUCUUUCAAUUCCUACUCCGAGGAUCGUCCUCCAAUCCCUGCUCAAGACCAUUCAAGGAAGCGCCCACAACAGGACCCACACCCGUCAAUCCUUCCACCUCCUAUUCCCGGUCAGCCAAACUAUGCACGGUCCGACAGUAGCGCCAGUCGUCGUCAGGCCGUUGAGGACGAUCUCCGUCUGCCACCCGUAACACCAACCAGCGGUGGACGGGCGACACCGAACUACUCGCCCGGCUCCUCCACAUCUUCCCAUUCAAAUCUGCAACCACCGACACAGCCUGCACCUGGCCUGCCAUCAAUGUCACGAACCCCACCACCGCGGGCAAGUCCUGGUGAGAGUGGCAGAGCUGAUCCGAUGUCCUUGGGUAACAUAAUGGAACGCCGACCAGAUACAGAAAUCGACAGGAGUAUGCUGGGUCGAUUGGAUCGGAAAGGCCAAUAA